AUGUCGACAAACCUGAACCCAUCAUUACAAGGAUCACAUACUCUUCCUUCAUCUACUGAUUCUAGCACUAAAGUGAAUUUGAAUUCGAAUUUCUCCAUGUUCAAUACUUCGAUACCACCUAAAUAUCCAUUAAAAUCAAUCCCGAUCCCAUAUCAGUAUCAAAUACAUGAUAAUACCUCUACUUUGAUUAAUUUAAACAAUUCAAGUUCCUAUAUUCCUACGAAUUCUAAAAAGAGAAGGAACAGUGAUAAAUUUCAAAUAUUAUCCAAAGCAACUAUCGAAAAUGAUUUGAUAAAUAAUAGUACCAAUAACACUAGCACGAUAACAUCAACAAAUACAUCAGCCUCCACUAUGAACAAUAACUCUCAUCAUGGUAAUGUUAUGGUGAAUUAUCCAACAGGGUUAACGACAAAUACAAAUUCUACUUCAAAUAGUAUAAUGAGUUCCACGGGGGAAAAUAAUAAAAAGAUUAGAAUUUCGAAAUCAAAUAGUAAUAAUAAUUUGAAAUACUUGAAUAUGAAUAAAUCACCAACUACUGCAACUACAAAUACUAGCAUCAAUAAUACUACGAUCUCGAAUAAUACAAAUAUAUCAUCGACUGUACAGGAGACAACUACUCCUACAGAAUCGACAACUACUUCGAAUAUUAACGCUACUACCAUACUUAAUAAUGAUGUAGUAUUGGAUGAUGCUCUGCCGUUAUCUCCAGUCGCAUCACCAGGUUUAGAUCAAUCUAUGGAUUCAUUAUUACCUGUAUCAACUAAUUCAAUUCUUACCGCUAAUAAUAAUACUAUAACUAAUAACAAUAACACUGCUAAUAGUAUACAUACAACAGAGAUUAUGUCAAAUUAUACAAACGAUAUUCUUAAUAAUAUUAAUAAUCAAUUACCGGAACAAUGUAUAAAGAAUUUAUUAUUCAAAUUGAUCUCCAGUUUAAAUAGAUCUGAAAUAUCUGAUCUAUCGACUUUUUUGAAAGAUAAUUUACAAAGAGAUUUCAUAACUUCCUUACCAGUUGAAGUGGCAUUAAAGAUUUUAAUUAAUCUCUCAUUCAUAGAUAUCAUUAAUUGUUUACAAACUUGUAAAAAUUGGAAUCGGUUAAUUAUAAAUACCCCAUAUCUUUGGAAACAUCUUUUAAUUAAUGAAAGUUUUGUCUCUCCAGAUAACUUUAACAAUUAUUCUAAAAAAAUAUCAUUAGAGUAUCCACAAUUUAACUCAGAAGAAUUAUGUUAUAGAUAUGAUUUCUUAAAGAAAUUAAAAAUUUUGAAAAAUUGGUAUAACCCAUUUUAUUUACCAAAGAGAACAACUUUAUUAGGUCAUAUGACAAGCGUUGUCACUUGUUUACAAUUCGAAGAUAACUAUAUUAUUACUGGUGCUGAUGAUAGAAUGAUUAGAGUUUAUGAUUCAAAAUUGAAAAAAUUUCUCUUGGAAUUAGCUGGGCAUGAUGGCGGUGUUUGGGCUUUAAAAUAUGAUGAAGAUGGUAUCCUUGUAAGUGGUUCUACAGAUCGUACAGUUAGAGUUUGGGAUAUAAAACGUGGUUGUUGUACACAUAUUUUUAAAGGACACACAUCUACUGUGCGUUGUUUAGAUAUUGUAAAAUAUAAAAAUACAAAAUAUAUCAUUACAGGUUCAAGAGAUACUACGUUACAUGUUUGGAAAUUACCCUAUUCUGUAGAAGAAUAUGAUGAUAUUAAACUUAAAACUAUUAAUGAGCCAAUCCUAUAUCAAACUACUCAAGAUAAUCCAUUUUUCGUGGGGAUAUUAAGAGGUCAUUUAGCUUCUGUUAGAACCGUUUCUGGUCAUGGGAAUAUUGUUGUAAGUGGAUCUUAUGAUAAUAAUCUUAUCGUAUGGGAUAUUAUUCAAAUGAAAUGUUUAUAUAUCUUAACUGGGCAUACAGAUCGUAUAUAUUCCACAAUUUAUGAUCAUAAGAGAUCAAGGUGUAUAUCUGCAAGUAUGGACUCCACAAUAAGAGUUUGGGAUUUAAAAGAUAUUUGGAAUAAUGGUAAAUGUGCAAGAGUAAUGAACUCCAUACCAUGUAUGAAAAUUUCAGGUUCUUUGUAUACUUUACAAGGACAUACUGCUCUAGUAGGGUUAUUAAGAUUAUCAGAUAAAUAUCUUGUAAGUGCAGCUGCUGAUGGAUCAUUAAGGGGAUGGGAUUCAGAUGAUUAUUCAAGGAAAUUUGCCUACCAUCAUAAUAAUUUAAGUGCAAUUACAACUUUCUAUAUGAGUGAUAACUUGCUAGUAAGUGGUUCUGAAGGUCAGUUCAAUGUCUACAAUUUAAGAUCAGGUAAAUUAGUCCAUGCAAACCUUUUAUGUGAUGCUGAUCAAAUUUGGUCUGUUAAUUUUAAAGGUAAUAUGUUGGUGGCAGCAGUGGAGAAAGAUGGCCAAAGCUAUGUUGAAUUGUUAGAUUUCGAAUCUUUUGCUUCAUCAAAUGAUUCUAAUGAGAAAGAUAAUCAUGAAACAGAAAAUGAAGGAACAGGAGAACAAGAUGAAGAGGAUGGUGACGAAGAGGUGCAUGAUACUAAUUCCUAUACAAAUUCUCAACGAGAAGGCUUGGCAACUAAUGCAACAACCGACUCACCUGCAUCAUGA